CCUCCACUGCGACGACGAGUUUGUGGCCAGCGGACACCGACCGUAGGUUGUGUCUGGUGGAGGGAGAGUGAGCGGGGCUGCCCUGCGUGGACUGACAGAAGGGGGAUUUACAUUUGAACGGGAACGGGAAACCGUAAAGACUACAAGGUGCACGGUGUAAACUCUACUGUUCUUCCGCUGGAUGUGUGUUCAUGUUGGGGCUUUAAUCAUGUCCAUGUGUCACCGUCGACGGAGGAUUGAACUUGCCAGCAGUCUAUAUUUGCCGAGGAGGGAAACCAAUACAAGGUCUCGCUGUCUCGCUGGAGCGGAGUAUUAUUAGCAGACAGUGCAACUGUCGCUCUCUGGUCAUGCACCGCAGCUACACGAUUAUGACGGUAUCAUAAUUUACAAGCAAAAAACAAAAGUGUAAGGUUAAGAACAAAUUGUGUGCUGAGCAAAAGAUAAACCUUCACCUGGGUCCCAUGCUGGCUGCAAGAAAUCCUCCCCUCCACACCCUCAGCCAUGCCUGCUACUACCAAACCCUCCAGGAGAAAGACACCUGCUCAGAGAAAAGCUGCCCAGAAAGUGAUCAGCACCAAGAGGCAAACCUGUAACUCUAAUAAACCCAGAGGAAGAGCCACAGAGAGGCCCCAGAAAACACCUGCAGAACCCAAAAGGUCAACAACCAGGGCCCAGGCACAGUCAGGCCGAAGCCCCCGUGGAAGAGGGGUUAGCGGGCCUGCUACUGAGAGCCCUGGGAGGUCUCCUGGCAGAGUUAACCAUGCCCUAAAUGUAAAAGAAUCUGCAAGGCUUGGACGGCAGAGCAAUCCGCCUGACCACAGCAGCGAGUUACAAGACCCCCCGGGGCGAAGGAAGUCUCUGCGGGGCACCCGGGUGCCUGUUACUCCCUACCAGCCUCCUAAACCUUGCAGAGGAGGGAGAAACAGCAGGGGGGGCGCAGGGAGGCGAGCAGCAUCACAUCAAGGAAACACAAGAAACAAGCCCUUGAGCACCAGCAUCAAUGAAUCAACUCCUGAAGAGAGAAUUGAGAGUCUGGCCGUCAGUGACGCUGAAGAAACACUUGCAGUUUCUCUAAAAACUGAUGCUGAAGCUCCUGCAAGUAUCAAAGAUCAGAGUUUAGGAGGCAACAAUGCUAAAGAUGGCAGCCCUCUUAAAGCAGAUUCCCCGCCGUCUAAUGACCUACUGGAAGACUGUGUGCAGGGCAGCUGUGACAGUACUACAACCCAGCAAGACAAAAAGGCUGUCAGUCAUAACAGUGACGGUGACCUGAGGUGUGUGACUGGGGUGUGUGGCGAUGUUGAUGGACAGCUUAAACUCUGCAGUGACAGAAGUAAAGAUAGCCCCUGUGCGCUUACAAGCAUCUGCUCACCAGAAGUACAGAGCAACAGGAAGAGAAAUAAGAGUUUAUCUAUCCUUGGAAAUAAGCUUGAUCAUCUUGGCUGUGAUAGUAAGCAGGAUGAUAUAUGUACUGUCCACCAAGAGGAAGGUAGCAAGUUGGACUUAAAAGAAAAUAGGACAGGUGAAAGAGAGAUAGUCGCAACUGAGACGAAAGAGAAGAUACAUCAUGAGAGAGGAGAGAGUUUUGAGGGAGACAAUGCAGUUGAGACUGUGGAAGACAUGGAGGACAUGGAGGACAUGGCUGAGAGGCUGGCAAAUUGUGAGGGAGAGAAAAAAGAAAAGGAGAAUGAUUUUUCUAUCAAUCCUGACGACCCCCUCCCCAGCACUCCAGCCUUUCAAUCUCCAGAUCCACCUCACUCUAACAAUGGACUGACAGAACUGUCAGAAUCACCUGUAAAUGUGCUGUCAGUGUCCAACGCAGCUACCUCAAAUCCCACCAAAGCCCCCCCCACCUCAGAGGCAGUUAAGCCAGAGGGUCUGAGCCAGGGUAAGACAGACAUGCUACCUGCCAUUCAUGGUGCUAAACCUCAGUUCACAGGGUCCUCAGCUGUUGCUGAAACUGCCCUGAUGGUGCAGACUGUUCUUGUAAAAAGAAAUACACCGGUUAUUAUCCGUACUGACUGCUUCAAACCCAGAAUUGUGAGGGAUUCAAGUCAGGGGGAACCACACCAACUGCAGAGCCUAGCCAUCCUUUCUCCUCUGGAUGAGAAAAAAGCUUGCACACCAGCAGAGACGCAGACCAAAGAUAGUGAAUCCAAUCCAGAGCCAUUGGAGGGCCACAGCCAGAGAGAGACAUCUUCCCUGUCACUGUCACUCGCUCCUCAGUUCAGCACAGAUGCUCUUGCAGCCGAGUGUGAACCAAACCUCAGCGAGGACAGCGCUGUGGUAGCAGAGCUAAACUCGGUGCCAAAGAUCUCAACUACUUCUCUGGACAGUAGCUACACUUUCUCCUGCAGCUCAGAAAGCACACGGUCCUCUUUUUCUUUUGACACUGAAUCGGAGGCAGGGUAUGGAGAGCCUGGCCCCUCUACACUUCCCGUAUCCUGGGGGCCAGAGGGGGCCAGUUUGCCCUCCUGGACCGCUCUGAAACAACAGAAGAAGGAGAGGAAGAAGCGGAGCAGGUGUGGGAUGUGCGAGCCAUGCCUGAGGAAGAUCAGCUGUGGCCAGUGCAGUUGCUGCCUCAACCGCAGCACUGGCCACCAGAUCUGUAAGCUGAGGAAGUGUGUGGAUCUGAGGAGGAGAAGAACUUCUCAGCUCGCUCCCUCUGCCGCACAGGUGGUUCCAGAAAGUGGGUCGGUAAAUGGCAAAGCCAAAGCGCAGAUGGAAGACACCCACACGGAAGCAGAGGAGGAUGAAGGGGAGGAAGGCCACAUACCUCAUACACAAGCUCCCACCAUCACCCACAAACCGGCCUCGGACCAAGGCGGACGGCCAUCAUCAGUUGUCAAAAGAGAGUCCGGGCUGGAGCUGACCAGCAAUGCACUUCACCAGCAUGUAUGCUCUUCUGUUAAUUUUCAGAAUGGUUCUGCUGAGAACCUGACAAAACCUAACGGUGCUAAUAUGACCACUGGGUCACACUCUGAUCUGAAGUCUGCUUUCAAAUGGACUACUAAUGCAUCAGAGCCUCAAAGGACUAUAAUUGCUACAACUCCUAAAGACUGCCCUAAGAAUGGACCCAAGACUUCUCCGGACAACAUGUCAGUUCCACUAAAGAAGAUCAAACUAGAGGAACCGUGGAUGUGGAUCCCUGAACAGCCCACCAAACAGCUGAGCGAUGAAGACGAGGUCUGCGAAGACCCGCUGUCCACGCUGGCGGCCGUGGUGUGUCUUUCUGUCACAGAGAGAAAAGGACUGGAGGAGAAACUUUUCAGCUCACGGUCCUCCAUUCUUUGCUCCAUCAAAACAGAGCCACCAGAUUUGUACUUUGUCAAAAAAGAGCCAGAGGACUUACAGAAUGACUUGUUUCAGAAAAGCACUCCUGUUUGCCUGCAAAGGAAUCCGCAAUACAUUAAAAGUGAACCUACUCAAGGUGUCUUGCAACAGAGCGUGCAGUCUUUGGCAGAGAGAAGAAAUCUUAGUUUUGAUCAGGCUAUUGCUAUUGAGGCCUUGACUCAACUGGCAGCUAUACCUCAGAGCCCCGCAGGUUCCAUUAAAACUGAACGUAUGUGUGAACAUAGCACUUCCAACACAAAUACAACCCUGCAAGACGUCAAACACACACCAGCUAUUCGCUACAACAAAGUGUCGGUCAUCAGCUCGCCACUGCACCAGACAUCAGUCAUACGCCCUCCUGUGGCCAGACAAAGAAACGUCAUCCAGUGCUCCCAGGGGUCUAACGCGAAGCUGUAUCUGCACGAUCUCUUAGAAGCUAGCUCAGACAGAGAUAAAGCACCCUGUAGGAAGACAGAGCCGGGCUUUGGUUCUCAUGUCAUCAAGUCGGAAUGCAGCUAUAAAUAUCCCAAUGACAUGAGAGUCAGUAAAGAUCAUGAGCGAUUGUUCGCGGAGGACAGAGACAGGGUUGUUGGUAAAGCAAGGAGGAACAGAGAGGAGGAGGAGGAGGUGGCAGCUCAGCUGGCAGACCUGGCCUUCAUCAUCCAGUCUCGACACAACCAGCACUCGGAGAAAAACCCUCAGAAAGGAACACCUGUGUCAGCCAUCAAAUACAACUACAACUGCCAGAUAUCCCCCAGUCAGAAAAAGCCCCCCGUGAAAAAAACAAGAGCAACGCCUUCCAAGCCCAGGAAGAAAAAAAGUGAUGGACCUAAUGAGGGAAUCAACUGCCGGACCCCCCUCUCAAAACGCACGCCAAAUGGAGAGAUUUCCAGGGGGAGAGGCCAGAAGAUUCAGGGGACACCAGUCCUUCACCACAAGAGGAACCUGUUUCUGCCUCAGGCUCAAAUCGACCUGAACAGAUACUUGGCUGAGGCUCAGGAGGAAAGGAGGCAACUCAUCCAUCACAGUAACACACACAGUGCAGCCCACCUCGGGCCGCAGACUCACAACUACAGCCCUCUCACAAGGCUUAACAACACCGGUCCAGAACAACACCCAUGGUCACUUUCUAACGGUCCACUCCACCAACACAAUCCAUGCAACGGUCAUGCUGGGCUGGACUAUGAAAGGCAUUUGUUUUCUCAGGGAGUGCAUCACGGCGCUGAUCCGAACACCAGUGCCGCCAAUAACCCUUUCCUCAGCCACUCAUCUGGAAACCAUGGACUGUCCAAUGGCUUCUCGGGGGGCCGGCAGUCCCCUCCUCCGAGCCAGCAGGGCUACUACAAGCUGGAGAGGGCAGGACCUGUCACUAUCCUGUCCACUAGUACUGACGGGGUUCAGAGCCAGUCUGAAGAAACAACUCCUUCCAAGAACAACGUCAACAGCUUCCUGGAGUCUCCUAUGAGUUUUUUGGAUACCCCUACCAAGAACUUGCUAAAUACACCUUCCAAAAAACUUGCUGAUCUUCCAUCCUGUGAAUGCGUGGAACAGAUCAUUGAAAAGGAGGAAGGCCCUUACUAUACUCACCUUGGGGCAGGGCCUACUGUUCCUGCAGUGAGGGAACUGAUGGAGAACAGAUAUGGUGCCAAAGGAAAUGCAGUCAGGCUGGAAGUUGUUGUUUACACUGGGAAAGAAGGAAAGAGCUCCCAGGGGUGUCCAAUAGCAAAAUGGGUGGUCCGGCGUAGCAGUGAACAGGAGAAGCUGCUGUGUUUGGUCCGCCGGAGGCCGGGGCACUACUGUGAAACGGCCGUGUUGGUCAUCCUCAUCCUGGCGUGGGAGGGAAUUGCUCGGCCGGUGGCAGACAAUCUCUACCAGGAGCUCACAAAGUCCCUCUUUAAAUACGGCUCCCCCACCAGCCGCCGCUGCGCCCUCAAUGAGGAUCGAACAUGUGCCUGCCAGGGUUUGGACCAGGACACAUGCGGAGCUUCAUUUUCUUUCGGCUGCUCCUGGAGUAUGUACUUCAAUGGCUGUAAGUUUGCCCGCAGCAAGGUUCCGCGCAAGUUCCGCCUGCUUGGAGACGACCGGGAUGAGGAGGAGAAAAUAGAGAACAACCUGCAGAAUCUCGCCUCUGACCUCGCACCCCUCUACAAAAGACUGGCUCCGGAGGCCUUCCAAAACCAGGUGGAGAAUGAGUCGGCAGGGAAUGACUGCCGUCUGGGUCGGAAGGAGGGUUGUCCCUUCUCUGGGGUCACAGCCUGUGUGGAUUUCUGUGCCCAUGCUCACAAGGACACUCACAACAUGAAUAACGGCAGCACUGUGGUUUGCACUUUAACCAAGGAAGAUAACCGGGCAGUGCCUAACAUACCAGAAGAUGAGCAGCUCCAUGUUCUGCCACUUUACAGAGUCUCCGCAAGGGACGAGUUUGGUCAGGUUGAGGGUCAGUGGACCAAGAUGCGGAGCGGUGCUCUGCAAGUUCUGUCCGCCUUUCCCAGAGAAGUGCGUCUCCUGGCUGAGCCAGUGAAAUCAGCCCGUAAGAUCAGGCAAGAAGCUCGUCUGAAGGCCCAAGCAGGGAAGCUGGAGAAGAAGCUCGGGCUGACUCCCCAAACUCCUGGGAAAGUGAAGAACGACACCCCCAGCAAAGAGCCACAGGGCUUCUCCAGCUCGUACAGACUGCCUCCAAGGCCUGCCAGCGAUGGACGGUACCCACAGGAGAGGAAUCAACCCGGCAUUUACAACCAGAGCACCAGCAGCUACCCCACCUCGGGUGCAGGGGUCACCCCACAGAAGGAGGUCAUCCCCCCCAACCACCAUGGCCUGCCUGGCGGCCAGUUUGGACAGAAUGGCUCAGCUGUUAAUUAUAAAACAGUGAGUGAUGCUGUGAAUGGUUAUGCUUCAGCAUCUGGUGGGCAGAGUGUACAUAUGCCUCCACAUAAUGCCCUUAGUGGCUUCCCCCAUGGUUUUAAAACUGAGCCAAACGAGGUGCACUGCUCUCCUCUGCGCAGACCCUCCCCCAGUGGGAGUGCUCCUCCUCCCCCCUCCUUCUCCCCCAGACCUACCUCUGAGGGCCUCUUCAGCAGGCUCAAUGGACUCCACAGGGCUGCUGGAGAUGUCACUGCAGAGGUCAGGGGUCAUGGCUUUCCUCCACUCUCUUCUCUCCCCCUUCCCCCACAGACUCCCCCGCCUGAACCAGAGGAAUUGAAGCAGGAAGAGGUGUGGUCAGACAGCGAGCACAACUUCCUGGACCGUGACAUAGGCGGAGUCGCGGUGGCACCGGCACACGGCUCCAUCCUGAUAGAGUGUGCGCGGCGGGAGCUCCACGCCACCACCCCAAUCCUCAGGCCCGACCGCAGCCAUCCCACGCGCAUCUCCCUGGUCUUCUACCAGCACAAGUCUCUGAAUGAACCAGGGCACGGGAUGGCUAUGUGGGAUGCAAAGAUGGCCAAGCGAGAGAGGGAGCGGGAGGAGGAGGCCGAGAGAUUAAGGAUGGAGGAAUGUCUGGGGAAUAACGGAAAAGGAGGUGUGGAGCAAGAAGAGGGAACAGGGGAGGAUGCAGAGGGGACAAAGAGGACAAUGCAUGUCCCCACACGACAAGCUUGGACUCUCCCGAGGGAUGGUGUUGUCACCGUGUCCCCUUAUGCUCUUACCCAAGUGACGGGCCCCUACAAUCGCUGGACUUAGUUGACAUGUGUUACACACACACACACACACACACUCACACACACAAAGAAACUUCUACACUUCUACACCCUGUGCUUCUGCCUUACCUCAUUCAACUUCAAACUGCUACUCUCAUUUUUUAAAGUUGUUUUCAUUGUGCUUUUCUAGAGUCUGUUUGUUGACUUUGCCCUUCUUGGUCUCUGCUUUCAAAGUGAUGAGGAAGACCAAAGUUGGUUGGCUUUUUUAACUGUGAGUUUCUGUGUUUUUAUUGUAAAGAGAUGGUGCUUUGAAGCAUUUCUAAGACGUUUUUAAACUGGUUUUAUAUUCAUGAUUAAGAACAAAAAAGAUGUGAUUAUUUAUUCUGAUCAUAACGAUUUCUAUUUAAUUCCUGGUGCAAGUCUGUUUACUGCAAGAUUUCUAUGAUAACCUGCAUUGUGUUUUCAGAAUUCACGUUGUACAGUAGGAAUUUGCUCUUUUUUUUUAGCCAAUAGUUCGCUUUUCAUAAGAUGAAUCUCAUUGGCUUCUAAGUUGGUGCCAUUCUCACUGUAAAACCUGCUUAACACCAUAACAUCACAUAAUGUAGAAACAGGACUAAUAUUGUGCUUAUAGUAACUACAGAUUGUCACAUUCGGCUGCCUCUGACUUCAGGUGGCAGUCGAUGAAAGAAAUGUUCUUCUUUGUUGAUUUGUUUUCUUUAUGUCUGGAUGUUUUUCUUUUUAUUCACAGAUUUGUAUGGCAUAUUAAGAAGCACUUUUUUUAUUUUUUUAAACUUAACUUGAAAAGGUCCCAAUCUUUAGGCCUAAAUAUGUAUGUACAGAUAGAGAUAUAUGACAGUUUAGCAUGAUCCUGGUUUUAUCUUUACAGUAUUUUUCAUUUAAAAUUUGUUGAAAAUGGCCUACAUAUCUAAGGAAAUGUUAAACUUUACAUACUGAGGAAUCGUGAAAUGCUGCAACAGUAAGGUGCUUACCAUUAUUAGCACUUAACUUAUUUUCACCUUCUGGAAAAUUAUUUCAAAAAAUCACAAGUGUGAUUAUAGGAUUUCAAAAACGUACUUGAUGGUGCUUAUAAGACCUACUUAUUCAUUAAGUGUUUGAUAUGUCGCCGUUUUUUAUGUCCAUAAUCAUGUACAACAGUGUCUGAAUAAUCAGUUUAUUGUUCUCUUCCGCUCUGCUUUUGUUGGAAAACCACUCAAACAUCAGAUUCCACUCAGACUAGAAGAUGGUUUUUGGUGCUCGACCUUUGUGAAGACUUUGUUUUCAGAGAGCUUUUCCUUACAGGGUCAAAAUAAGGGGGUUAGUGUCAACUCCUGGUGAAUCAGGAUCUUUUUUAUUACCGGUGAAACAGAAGCUAUUUGUUUUUAAAACCCAGCAAUUAAAUUAUAGCACAAGAGAUAAUGACCUUUCACUGAUAUUCACACUGACACUGGUAUAAUGUUUCUUGAGAAACUUGUUGGUCUUUCAAACACUUUUACUUCCGUUUGGUGCUAAUAGGACAACAUUGACUUGACAUGGUUAUAUACUGUACAUUGGUGUCAUGGUGCUUUUAUACAACUCUACACUGAUCUGAUGUAUGUUUCAAUACAAAGGUAGUUUUUUUAUUUUUCGGACAGACGGAGAUGCAUUUCUAUCUCCACCAUUGAUCAUGAUACUUUUUAAUUAUCAGUGAAAAAAAUCGAAUGAUUGUGCCGAUUUUCCUCUAGCCCUCAAAUGUCUUCCACUAAUAACCAAAAUCUGCAACAAUUUUCAAAAAAUCACAACACACACACAAAGUGAAAUGAAUGUAAACAGUUCUUAAAUCAGUGGAUUUAAAAAUGUUGAACCCAACAUGACAAAGUUACAAAUGUUUUUGACUGACUGUGGGGACGUUCUCAAUCUACAUUGAAAGUAUUUGUAUCAACAAGGAACUAACAACUAGCACCAGCAUUACAAAUCUUUUAAAAAACGUUUAUUAGUAGAAAAUGUGUAAAUAUGUUUUGUGAACCAUAUUGUUCUUACUGUACUGUUAAUGGUGUUUAGAUAAUGGAUGCUCUUGCUUAUUUUGAAACUGAAUUACUGUACGUUGCUGAAAGUAUAUCCAGUUUAGACUUGAGAAGAGGCUACAUUUAGCAUUCCUUAUAUGGAUGGCUGAUCUCUUUUUGGGAUUGUGAAAUAAAGUCAUAUUUAUAUUUUGGACCUGA